AUGGCGAAUUCAAGCCAGAAAUACGUCGUGGUUGGAGCGGGACCUGUCGGUUCCUUAGCUGCUUUAUAUGCUGCUAAGAGGGGUUACCAGGUUGAGAUCUACGAAUUACGCAGUGAUCUUCGGGAUCCUUCAACCACGCCGUUGAAUUUUACAAAGUCUAUCAAUCUUGCUCUAUCGGAGCGAGGCCUCAGUGCCAUGCGUCAUGCUGAUCACGAAAAUUUACUCCAGCAUGUAUUCUCGGCCACGAUUCCCAUGCGCGGCCGCAUGAUUCAUGGAAGGAGACCCGAUGGCGCUCUAUAUGAGGCGGCUCAGGACUACGAUAUUCACGGGCGGACUAUCUAUGCCAUAGACAGAGCCGGUCUCAACAAACGACUGCUGGACAUCCUAGAUGACAUGCCUAACGUCAAGUUUUUCUUUAACCACAAACUGACCGGAGCAGACUUCAAAAGGCGAAAGGCGUGGUUUGAACACCGCGAUCAGACCGCAACUUCAGAUCGCCCAGCCGAGAUUGAAAUUGACUUUGACUUGAUGAUCGGAGCUGACGGUGCACAUUCGGCCGUGAGAUACCACCUGAUGAAAUUUACCAGGAUGAAUUACAGCCAGGAGUACAUCGAUACACUCUGGUGUGAAUUUCAAAUCAAGCCUCGGCACCUCUCAAAUGGCCAACCCAUUGAAUCGCGAUUUCGCAUCUCUCCCAACCAUUUGCAUAUUUGGCCGGGCAAGGAAUUCAUGUUCAUUGCGAUACCUAGUGAUGAUGGCUCUUUCACAUGCACUCUGUUCAUGCCCGGCACAAAGUUCGCCAUCCUCGAAGCCAACCCAUCUGAGCUCCCUGCCUUCUUCGACUCGCAUUUCCCAGGCGUCACGUCACUCAUAACACCAGAAGAACUUAUCUCGUCAUUUCAAGCGAACCCUCACCUGCCUCUGAUCAGUAUCAAGUGUAAACCGUACCAUUUCUCUAGCUCUGUAGUAAUCGUUGGAGACGCAGCUCAUGCCAUGGUUCCCUUCUAUGGACAAGGCAUGAAUUCUGGGCUUGAAGAUGUACGGAUUCUCUUCUCAAUACUCGAUAAACAUGCAUCAACCGAGAGUAAUGACCCUAACCACCCCGAGGUAAGCGAUACCGCCUUCCAAAGAGCCACAGCCCUGAAUGAGUAUUCUACACUGCGUGUUGCAGACGCCCAUGCGAUCAAUGAUCUAGCACUUCAGAACUAUAUCGAGAUGCGUGCCUCUGUACUUUCGCGCCUGUAUCGCGUGCGAAAAUUCUUAGAGGAAUUCUUAUCUGUUCACGUCCCGAGCUUGGGUUGGCAUACCCAAUACUCGAGAGUGAGCUUUGGAAAUGAGAGAUAUUCUGAGGUUGUGGCUAGAAGUCAGUAUCAAGGCAUGGUUUUGACACGGGGGCUCCUAGGCCUGCUUGUUAGCCCGCUUCUUAUUACAUCUCUAGGCAUUGUCCUAGCACGCCAGCGACCAAAUGGGCUUCGCAACCCGUUUGAACUCGUUAGGGGUCUAGUAGGGCGAGCUCUAAAGAAUUGA